CAGCAGCGGCGGUGCUCUUGAAUACACCCCGAAUUCACACUCCCGGCUACUUUUAUACUCAAACAUCGCUGGGGUUUGCUUUCUUCUUUGGUAUUUCAUGCACUAGCACCAAAUUAACACAUUUUUGGUGGUUGGAGCGUCCUUGAGUCCCCUCAAAAGACUUGCUGGCCAGCUUCCCUCGGUCCUCCAUUCUGCAGCCCAGGGAGCUACAGGAACAACACCGGGGUCCCGCGGUAUGGAAGGAGGAGGAGAUAGCAAACCAUCCUUUGGGAUUGAUUCAGACAUAGAAGAGCAGGGUGGCAAAGUCACUUGGACCCUGGAAGAGGAUGAAAACCUCAAAAUUCUGGUCAACAACUUUGGCAAAAGGGAUUGGAGGACAAUCGCUAGUUUUUUACCAGGCCGGACAGAAACGCAAUGUAUGCGUCGUUGGAAAACCGAUCUGGAUCCUAAUUUACUCAGAGGACAUUGGUCCAAAGAAGAAGAUGAAAAGAUUUCAGACAUGGUGAGCAAGCACGGCAAACACUGGGCUCUUAUCGCCAGGCAGCUGAAGGGGAGGUUGGGGAAGCAAUGUCGCGAACGCUGGAUGAAUCAUCUUGACCCACAAUUGAAGAAGAGCUCCUGGACCGAAGAAGAAGACCUCAUCCUCUAUAAAGCCCAUUCAGUUCUUGGGAACCGGUGGACCGAGAUUUCCAAGCUGCUCCCUGGAAGAUCAGACCUAGCUGUGAAGAAUCACUAUAAUUCCACUGUCAAACGCAAAGCAGAGUUGGGUUUGUACAAGGAUCACUCUGACAGCAUUUCCCUGGAUAUUCAACAGUUCAUGGAUGGAGAGGUGGAUUUCCAAUGUGAUGUUGUAAUAGAUGCAGAUCCAGUUCCUCAAGCGGCCAUGCCUAAGAAAGCGAAGCUCCAGAAGGAGCCUCAGAAAGCAAAACUAAAAACGGCUGUUAAAACUCCUUUUGCAUCGAGGAGCGACAUCUCUUCUUCAACACCCUUAAUGCCUCCAAAUUCAAGUUCCAGUCCAAGCUCUAGCGCAGCAUCAUCAAUCCUGCAAGUGGAUCAGAAAACAUAUACCGAUACGGCGCUGAGGAUGAUUGCUGAGGACAUGCUGCCACUCAGUUUUGUUGAGAGCCCAGGCUUCAGGUCCUUCAUGAGUACCAUCAGACCGGAUUUCAACAAGCUGUCUCAGCGUGUCAUGGGCCUGCAGCUCUACGAGGAGGUUGAGAGAACCAUAAAGCCUCAGCUAAUCCGUGAUCUCAAAGCCUCCCUCGGCAAGACCAAAGGUGACGAAAAUACCAUUCAUGUUACAUGUGACCUCUGGGCAGGGGAUCAAGCUCAAAAAGGAGAGAGCUCCAUCAUUGUCGUGCAGAUCCAUUUUAUCAAUGACUCCUGGGAGAUCCGCCGUCCAAUCGUAGCGUUCCGGCACGUCAACAACAAGUACCUCAGCACCAACUUGGCCAAGGAACUGGAGGGCGUGCUGCUCAGCUAUGGCAUCUUUCCGCACAGUAUUGGCUACGUCCUCACCAACCAGGCCAAAGAAGCUGUUUCUGGAAACAGCUUGUUUUGCGAUUACAAGAUUGUCUGCUCGUCUAACAGGGGCGAAUCAGAUGGAGAUGACAUUUUGGGAUUUCUGUCCGACCAGAUGUCUGAAACUAGGCGCCCAUUUUCCGGACUGCAGAUUGGCACAAAGAGUGCCUGUGUUGCCAGAACCUUGCAGAUGGUGAUCAAGGAUGCUCUGAAGAAUUCCAGAGUAGUUGAGAACUUGCUGUUUCAGGUCCACAAUGUGGUGGCCUUCUUCAAGAGCAGCGCCUAUUGGAGUGAGGUUUUAGUCAAGCAGUGCAAUGUUUCACUAUCCCCUUCCUUCAGUAACUGUCGCUGGAACUCCCUGAUGGUUUCCUUGCGGCGUAUGGUGCAAGAGCCGGCCUGGAGUGGGAUCAUGACUGUCCUAACGCAGGCGCGCAUAGAGGCUAAAGACGCAGCCAGUGCUCCUCACCUGGUCAUGGUCAAGAGGGAACAAGUGGUGGACAUUUUGGGUCUCCUUGAGCCCUUUGAAGAGGCCUUGCAGGUCCUUCAAGGAAGUGUUGUGACCAUCUCUUACAUCAUUCCCUCUCUUGUUGUGCUUGAUAAGAUUUUGGAGAGCCGUGUCACCAACUACUCUCCUUUCUGCAAGGCCCUGCGCACCGGCCUCCACACACACUUUCAGUCUCUGAUUCACCAGAGGGACAUAAUUCUAGCUGCUGUCCUCGACCCCAGGAUCAAACUGCAGCCGUUUUCUGAUGCCAAACUAGAGGACCCGUCGAAAUUCUUAGCUCCUCCAUCAAAGUCUCAAGCACACGCCGUAGUUGAAUUUACAUUACGAAGCAUGGAGGUCCCCACAUCCCCCUGUGUCGAGGCAAAAGCAGAGCAGAUGAGCAGUGAGCCAACAAAGACGCAGGACGUUGAACACAAACACCAAGCCGACUCGGUAAUGAAAGCAUCUUGUGGCAGCUCAGAGAACUUGGAUGGAAAUGGUGGAAAUGGUGGAAAUGGCCUCAAGCGCGAGUUAAUCUCCAGCUUCCCCCAACCACCUGCAAAGACUAUGAAGACUGAGUCUGAGCUUGACUCGUACUUAUCUGAACCACUAUUGGAAAACACAUCCAGUCUUCUGUACUGGAAAUCUGCCUCUUCGUUCCCCAAACUGCAGAAUAUUGCCAAGAAGCUGCUGGCAGCACCAGCCACAUCGGGAGGCUUUGACAGGCUUUACCCGAUGGCAGGGUGUAUCGUACGUGCCAGAAGGAACCGUCUGCCACCCCACACCACAGAGAGACUGCUACUGUUCAGAAACUCUAUGAAGAUGACAAAAGCUAUUAAAAAGGGUAAUGGGGCUGCUAAAAACUGAAAAAAAAAAAAAAGCUGAAAGUUGGAUGUGGUUAUUUUGACUACUUCCUAAACACAAACUCUUCAAGUUCAAUAUCAAAUGAGUCAAAAGUAAGACAUGGUAGUAUACUGAAAAUACAUGUAUAGCAACAGUACUAUGUUACUUUGAAUUAAAGUUAUAAAGUUUAAUUCUAUUCACUGUAAAUAUUAAUAAUGAAAGGAAGUUUAUUUAUUCCUCUUGGAUACGAACACCACACCUCAUUACAUAAGGACAGAAUGUUAGUGAUUCACACUACAACCAGUGAGAGCAAAAUGGAAAUAUGCAAUAUCUGUAAUGUAUUGGAGACAACAGGUUAUGUUUCUUUUCAGAUUUUCAGAAAUACUCAUACUGAUUUUUUUUUUUUUUUUUUUUUUUAACUCUUUAGCUGAUGAGUGAUUUUGUGUUGGUGUAUGGCCUCUUGAAACCAACGCUGUUUAACUCCCAUUUUUCUAACGAAAUUGUUUAAAUACAUUUGAUACUUCUCUGUUUAUGAAACAUAUACUAUUCAUGAAGUGCAGUUAGACUUUAUAGAAAACUUUUGUAAUGUAAAGAGUCAGAGUUUAUUCCCCUGAGUUUUGUCAAAUGAUUGUGUAUAUUUGUGUUUUUACAGAUUGUAAUGUUUUUUUUUAUUUUAUUUUUUGUUACUGAUACUUAAAAAAAAAUCCUGAAAGUUUUUUCAGGCUGUUUGAUUUAACUGUUUUUGCUGAGUUCAGAUGAGAGACGAUGGUCUUUAGUUUGCUUUGAAAUGAUCGUUAAGGUACACUUUCAUAUUGAAUCAAGUUCAUGUUGAAUGAGAGCAAAUGGAUUUUGUUGCAGUUAUGAACGUUCAUACUAUGCAAAUAAACUUUGAAAGUAUGUGCCUCAACAAGGAAAUAUCCAGAGACAGCACUGUAUUUACAGGAAAUGAGCUUUAGUGUUAGCCAGUUUUUCAUGUUUAUAUAUACGGUCAGAAAUUCUAUUUUGUAAAGAAUUGA